GAGGAAACGUAAGAGCGUCCAGAUCAACCAAUCAAAACCAACGUUUCAAUAAAACAUUUCUGCAUUCCUGGAGGAAAGAGACAGAAAAUAUGUGCAUGCUGAAAAUGAAGUAAAUUCAGAAUGCCUGGAGAUUCACGUAAAGAGUAUGUGUUGGCCACAACAGCCAAUUAUUUUGGUGUUGCUGUGUCCGAUGGAUCAAUUUCUGCAUUGGCUGAUUCAAGAGCCCUAAAUAAUUUUUUAGAUGAUGGUAAUGCCACAGUUCUAGCUGGGAAAAAUGAAGGAAAAAGGAUUAAUUUUUAUAACAAGGUUGAACCUAACGAAAAUAAAGAGCAGGUGAUAGUUUUCUUCAAGAUUCGUCCUGAUGUCAUUACACCAGAUAACCUUCAUAACAAUAUUAUUGUGUCGUCAAUGGUAGACUCUCCAUUGAACACAUUGUACCAUGCUGUCCAAAAGGUAUAUGCUCCACUCAUGUUGGAAGACGGGAAGUGGAGCAGAAAUCUGGAUCCAAAACUUCAAAGUUUGAUUAGUGAACUGGAAGCCGGUCUUGGAGCUGCCAUGAGGAAACAAGAUCCUUCAUUUAGAGGUAGAGGGAAAGAAGACGAUUCAGAUAACCUUGGAAGUAUUUUGAGCCCAGUAGAUGAGUUUCAGUACUGGGGAGAUUUGGCGAAGAGAGACGAGAGAGCUGCCACCUAUGUUGACCUAUUUAAGCCUGUAUCGAAGGACUUUGGUGGAUUGGAUGCCAUGUCACUACAGGAUGUUAUGGAGCUGGUAGAUAUUACCCAAGAUGCACUGGAUGAUGUCUGGAAAUGUAUAGAAUAUGACCUAUAUCCUGAACCAAGAAUGAAACAUUUCAUGGAUGUUAUUGGUGGCUCUCUGGGCCGAUAUAUACAGAGGAAGUUGUCUGAGGAAGAUUUAUGGAUGGGAAAAUUUGGUCCAGUAAAGGAGUCGUUGAGGUCUGCUGUAUCUAUAUGUGACAGGUGGCAAGGAGUUUGUGAAACACUGACCGGACAGUUCUGGAAACAUUUCAAGGCUCAUCCAUGGAAAGGGGAGAGAUAUACACCUGAUAACUUGAAAAAAUUAUCUGAGAGAUUAGAUGAGAUUUUAACCCUGAGAAUUGUUCAUGAACAACAAAUAAGAUUACUAAGUUCCCAAGAACAAAAGGAACUAAGAACUAAUGAGGCAUUCAACUCAUUUCUUGGAUUAAAUCCCCUCCAAUACAAUCCAUAUACACAACCAUUGUGGAAUGCUGCCGUAGCACAAUAUGAUAGAGUUAUGGCACCUGUUGAGCAGAAAAUUGCUGUAAAGUUGAAGCAACAACUGAAAGGACUUGAAGGUUAUCCUCAGCAAUUGUUGAGAGAGUUCCAGAGAUAUAAAGAAUUAAUCAAAAGACAGAAUAUCAACAGAGACAUGGUAUCUGAAAGGGAAACUUUACUUGGUCAGUUGACUGUACAAAUCAGAGAAGCUGAAGAUGACUUUCAGAAGAGAACAGGACAGAGAGCCGGGGGAAAAGGAAUACCUAAGGGAAAAAAUUUACCUGAAAUUGUCAAUUCUAUUGUAUAUGUUAGACAAACAGAAGCCAGGCUUGAAGAAACCAUGAAAACAGCUGAGACAUUGCUUGGAGAUUUGGCAGGAUAUAAAAAGUUCUACAAAGAUGGACAUGAUUUAUUGGAAGAACUUAGAACAUGGAGGAAUGAAUCAUUUGAUGACUGGUCCAGGGACAUUUUAGAUCAAAUAAAUGAUACAAGGAAUCCACUUAGUUUGGAAACCAGUGGAAGGCUGAUGGAAUUAAAUCAUAAAACAGGAAAGUUACAUGUGAACUAUGGUGACAGACUGGUAACCUUGAUGAGAGAGGUCAGACAGCUUGGGUCAAUGGGGUUUGCUGUACCAGCAAAAAUACAACAUGUUUCUAAUACAGCUCAAAAGUUCUACAGACAUGGAGUCGUUUUGAAACAGGUUGCUCAUUUCUACAACUCGAUUGACCAACAGAUGAUACCCAGUCAACAAGCUAUGAUGUUAGAUUCUGCUCUAUCUUUUGAGAAACUUGUCAAGAAUCCGAGAUCUGGAAGUAAAACUAAGGGAGAGAAUGUAGAGAUUACCUGGGACAACCCAGAGGAAUUAGAUAACUAUAUCCACAAAUUACAGAAAGCUGCCGAAAGACUUACAACAGAGAAUAGAAGACUAAGAAAGUCUCAUUUUACUAUCACUGAUAAGGUGACACAGAUGAUGAACAUUGACUUGUUACGACAACAACAGAAAUGGAAGGAUAGUUUAAUGGAUAUCAGACACAUGAUGGCUGGAUUGGUACAGCAAGGAUUUUCUGCUGACAUGAUGAAACCAUGGAAAGCCCACUGGGAUAGACAGCUGUAUAAGGCAUUGGAACAUCAAUAUCAGAUGGGACUGGAAGCUCUUAAUGAGAACUUACCAGAAAUCAAAGUAGAGCUCACAUACAGACAACAACAGUUACAGUUUAGACCUCCAUUUGAAGAGAUCAAGGCUAAAUAUUUCCGUGAGAUGAAGAGAUUUAUCAGCAUACCCAACCAUUUCAAAGGCGUGAGUGAAGAUGCUACCAAUCUCAUCUUCCCCGCCAUUAUAGACAGGAAUGCUGAAGGAUUUAUCACUUGUUACAAGAAAGCUGAUGUCUUAUUUAAAAGGCUGGAUGAGGCUCAGACUCAAUUCAAGGAAUGGGUGGUUUUAGGAGCUGUUGACUUGGACGACUUUGUAGAGAAACAUCUGACCCAGUUGUCUGACUGGGAGAAAAACUUCAAAGGUCUGAAACUGAGAGGAAGAGAUGCAGAGAAAUUGCCAAAUCAAGUUAAGAUAGAUUGUAUAACAGUGAACACCACACCAGUCAAAGGAGUGAUUGAUGAUCAUAUACAGAGACUGUUUGAUGCUCUUCUCAAUUCCCUGAGAAAGUCUAUAAGUACAGAGGUCAACACCAUAGAUAGCUUCCUGAAGGAGGCCAUGGAAACACUGUCCAAAAGACCACAAAGUGUGGAGGAGAUCGGGGAAGCCAAUUCUAAACAUGCUGAGUUUUUGAAAACCAAAAAAGAUGUUAGUCCCCUGUUUGAGAAGGCUGAAGCUAAGAACAAGUUGUUGAGGUCUGUAGCUGGUGGAGGAGUGGACUCAUUGAGUCAAUUACAAGCAUUCUGGGACAAAUUUGAAUUGAUGAUGGAAAGUCACCAACUGAUGGUCAAAGAACAGGUUGAAGUAAUGAAAAGCAAUGUUGACUCCAGGGUGAAGGUCUUUAAACAAGACAUUGAGAAAUUUGCUGCUAGAUGGCAUCAACUAAAACCUGGGGAUGACGCCUUAGAUGGAGACAGAAAGAAAUGUGAAGCUGCUGUUAAAGUGAUCAAAGAGAAGAAACAGGAGUGGGAGGAGCUAGAGAAAACCAAGGCUACACUAUUGACUGAUUGUUCUCACUUUGGUAUGGAGAUACCAGACUUUGAGAUUGCCAAUGAUUUGAAGCAGGAUAUGUCAGCAUUUGAGUCCAUGUGGGGUCUGUAUGACGAAUUCAACAAUGGUCUGCAGGAGCUAGCAAAGGAGGAUUGGAUCUCAUUCAGAGCAAAGACAUACAUGUUUGAGGAGUUCUUGGGUGGAUGGUAUGAAAAACUGAAAUCAGAGGAAACCACCACAAUGACUGUCAAGAUACAGAAAGAUAUUGAUAAAUACAAGAAUGUUCUACCCGUCCUCAAGUGGGUCAGAGGUGAACCAUUGUCACAGGACCAUUGGUUAGAACUGUUUAGACUGCUACACAUGCCAAGAGGGACAACCCUGGAGAAACUGACAUUUGGACAUGUUCUGAAUUCCAGCGAUGAAAUCAUUAAGAAUGCUGAUGUGCUAAAGGAAUUGAACCAAAGAGCUCAAGGGGAGGUAACUAUCAGAGAAGCCAUUAGAGAGUUAGAUCUGUGGGGAGCUGGAGCAGUAUUCUCUAUGACAGAGUAUGAGGACAGCAACAAGAACCAAAUAAUGUUGAUCAAAGAUUGGAAAGAUCUUGUCAGUCAGGUUGGAGAUAACCAAGCAUUGCUACAAUCUCUGAAGGAUUCACCCUAUUACAAGAGUUUUGAAGACAAAGCAUCUGUGUGGGAACAGCGUUUGGCUGAUUUGGAUGAAUACCUACACAACUUGAAUCAGAUCCAGAGAAAAUGGGUCUAUUUGGAACCCAUCUUUGGUAGAGGUGCUCUUCCUAAAGAGCAAGGCAGAUUCAAAAGAGUUGAUGAUGAUUUCAGGAACAUUAUGAUGGAUGUGAGAAGAGAUAACAGAGUGUUGUCCAUUGUUAACAAAGCAGGACUGAGGAAUUUACUGACAACAAUGGUAGACCAGUUACAGAGAUGUCAGAAAUCUCUCAAUGAGUUCUUAGAGGAGAAGAGAAGUUUGUUCCCCCGAUUUUACUUCAUCGGAGAUGAUGAUUUGUUGGAGAUUCUGGGUCAGUCUACAAAUCCAAAUGUUAUCCAGACACAUCUGAAGAAACUGUUUGCUGGUAUACAUAGUGUACAGUUUGAUGAGAAUUGUCAACACAUCAUUGCCAUGAAGUCACUAGAUGGAGAAAUAGUACCGCUACAGAGAAAGGUCAAGAUAUUACCAGAAGUAGAGGUUUGGUUGAGCAAGCUGUCAGAGGAGAUGGUUGACACACUACAAGAGUUACUGAGAACUUGUCUCAAAGAUGCUCAGAGAGGUGACCUUGACCCUAACAAAUAUCCUUCACAGAUUCUGUGUUUAGCAGAACAGAUCAGGUUUACAGAGAGUUGUGAGAAAGCUGUAGCUAGUGGUGGCCUAUCAUCGUACAACAAAGAGCUAGACAGUCAGCUAGAAUCAUACACUAGUGUUGAUAUGUCAGAAAGUUCAGGAGAAACAGCUGGACAUGUGCUAGAACUCAAACUGAAGGCCCUGAUUCUGGAUACAAUUCAUGCUAUUGAUGUGGUUCAUCAACUACUGCAGGCAGGAACACGGUCUCCAGGAGACUGGAUGUGGCAGAAACAACUAAGGUACUGCAUGAACAAGAAAGGCUUGUGUGUCAUGAAAAUGGUAGAUUCAGAGUUUGAUUACACUUAUGAGUACCAAGGAAAUGCCCAGAAACUUGUACACACUCCACUGACAGACAAGUGUUAUCUUACUCUUACUCAAGGUAUGCAUAUGGGACUUGGAGGAAACCCUUAUGGACCAGCUGGAACAGGGAAAACUGAGUCUGUCAAAGCAAUUGGUGGUCUGUUUGGUAGACAGGUCCUUGUCUUCAAUUGUGAUGAGGGUAUUGAUGUGAAAUCUAUGGGACGUAUUUUCAUCGGAUUGGUCAAGUGUGGAGCUUGGGGAUGUUUUGAUGAGUUUAACAGAUUAGAGGAGGCUGUAUUGUCAGCUGUCUCUAUGCAGAUCCAAGUUAUACAGGAUGCCAUCAAAAAUAGAGCACCAACAGCUGAAUUACUUGGCAGACAUGUGAACAUAGACCACAAUUCAGGAAUUUUCAUCACCAUGAACCCUGCAGGUAAAGGUUAUGGAGGUCGACAGAAGUUACCUGAUAACUUGAAACAAUUGUUCAGACCUGUUGCCAUGUCCAAACCAGACAAUGAACAAAUUGCUGAAGUCAUCCUCUUCUCUGAAGGAUUCAAACAUGCAAAGGAGCUAGGAAGAAAAUUGGUGGCCAUCUUUAAUCUGUCCAAGGAGUUGCUGACACCACAACAACAUUAUGACUGGGGAUUAAGAGCUUUGAAAACAGUUUUGAGAGGUUGUGGUAGCCUUUUACAGAAAAGCAAGCAAGGAAAAGAAAAAAUUGAUGCAAAGCUGGAAGCCAAGUUAGUUGUACAAGCAUUGAGAAUCAACACUUUAUCAAAACUGACAUUCUCAGAUUGUGCUAGAUUUAAUGCAUUGGUCAAGGAUGUCUUCCCUGGCAUUGAAUUUAAAGACAUUGAAUUUGACAAACUGGCAGAAGCCAUCAGAGAAGUUUGCAAAGAACAGAAUCUAAAAGCAAAUGAAAUACAGGUGAAGAAGGCAUUGGAGCUUUAUGAACAGUUGAGACAGAGAACUGGUGUGGUGGUAGUAGGACCAAGUGGUUCUGGGAAGUCUACAUUAUGGAGGAUCUUACGUCAAGGAUUACACAAGAUUGGGAAGGAAGUUAAGAAGUACACAAUGAAUCCUAAAGCUAUGCAUAGGACACAGUUGCUGGGUUCUAUAGAUAUGGAUACCAGAGAAUGGACAGAUGGAGUACUGACUUACAGUGCUAGACAAGUUGUCAAAGAACCUCAAGAAAUCCAAUCAUGGAUCAUUUGUGAUGGAGAUAUUGACCCAGAAUGGAUUGAAUCUUUGAACUCUGUACUGGAUGACAACAGACUGUUGACAAUGCCAUCUGGUGAAAGAAUUCAGUUUGGACCCAAUGUUAACUUCCUGUUUGAGACACAUGACCUGAGCUGUGCUUCUCCUGCUACUAUCUCUAGAAUGGGAAUGAUCUUCCUCAGUGAUGAAGAUACAGAUGUGAAAGCUUUGGUCAGUUCUUGGUUAAGUUCUCAGCCAGACUCUGACCAACAGAUUCUAUCAGGAUGGAUAGAGGAUUAUUUCUACAAGGCUGUGGAAUGGGUUCUGAAAAGGAGUGACUUUGUAGUAGAUACAAGUUUAGUUGGCUGUGUGUUAAAUGGACUAUCACAUCUACACAAUGUUAGAAAUAAAGCUCACUUUGCUGUAUGUCUGAUACAUGGAUUGGGAGGAAACCUCAAUGAAGGAAGUAGGGAGGAGUUUGCAAAAGAGGUAUUUUCUUUGACACAAGAACAACCACCAGAAAGCAGACGUCCACUGGACACUUACUAUGAUGAAAACAUGGGACGUCUGAUGACCUAUGCUAUGGAGGUACAAGUGUUCCAAAAUGGGAGUGCCACUGAUUUAUCAGCAGACAAUUUUACAGCUAGUUCUUCAGCCUCACUGCCUGUCAUCAGAACAGCAGAUGUACAAAAGAAUCUGGACUAUUUUGCACCAUGGCUACAGGCAGACAACAAACAGCCAUUUAUACUGGUAGGACCAGAGGGAUGUGGAAAGGAAAUGUUGCUGAAGCAUUGUUUUGAACAGCUAAGAUCUACACAGAUUGCAAUAGUCCAUUGUUCAGCUCAGACCAAUCCUACCCAUGUUCUGCAGAAGUUAGGCCAAACUUGUAUGGUCCUAAACACUAACACUGGUAGGGUUUACAGACCAAAAGACUGUGAAAGACUAGUCCUUUACUUGAAAGAUAUCAACCUGCCCAAGCCAGACAAAUGGGGCACUUGUCAGCUAAUUGCUUUCUUACAACAGGUUGUGACUUACAAUGGCUUCUAUGACUCUAACUUAGAAUGGGUUGGUUUAGAAGGAGUACAGAUUGUAGCCAGUAUGAAUGCUGGUACAGGAUUAGGACGACAUAAACUGACCUCACGUUUUACUUCUGUUGUCAGGAUAUGCUGUAUUGGAUAUCCAAGUAAAGACCAGCUACAAACAAUUUACACAUCCUAUUUGACACCAAUAUUACAUAAACAGUUGAAAAAGCAUCCUGUAUGGGGGAGUGGAUCUAAGAUUCAUGCAUUAGCUGGUUCCAUGGUGCAGUUGUAUGAUCAGCUGAAGUCAAGGUUUACUGUGGAUGACUACAGUCAUUAUCUAUUCACACCUAGAGAUCUGACAAACUGGUGUCUUAGUCUGCUGAGAUAUGAUCUGAAUGCAGGAGCAAAGGAGGGAUCCAGUGACCACUUGCUAGAGAUAUGGGCCUAUGAAGCUAGAAGACUGUUUAGAGAUAAAAUUGUAGGCAGUGAUGGUCUGAAUAAAUUUGAUAGUAUACUGAUGUCUGUAAUCAGAUCUGAUUGGUCGACAAAUAUCUUUGAUAAUCUAGAAAAUGAUUUCUUUGUAACAUGGGGAGCUAGAACAGAAUCAGGAGCACCAUCAGUAGCAGCUGGAGCACCACUUCCACCCAUGGGAAAGUCAUUGGGAAAAUUAACUGGAGAUGAUCUAGUUUCUGUUGUUGAAAGAGGACUCAAACUGUACAGCAGAGAAAACAGAGAUUUAGACAUCUUAAUCUUCAAAGAAGUACUGGAUCAUAUGGCUCGUGUAGACAGGGUCUUGACAAAACCCGGAGGAUCUCUCCUUAUGGCAGGACAAAGUGGAGCAGGACGUAGAACUGCUGUUCUGUUGGUAGCCCACAUGCACAUGAUGCAGUUGUACUCUCCUAAAGUAUUUAGAGGGUAUAGCAUGAAACACUUCAAAAAUGAUCUGAAACAUGUGAUGCAGCUAGCAGGAAUUGAAGGAGAACAGGUAGUACUGUUACUAGAGGACCAUCAGUUUAUUGAACCUCAAUUCUUAGAGAUGAUUAACAGUCUGUUGUCCAGUGGUGAGGUCCCCGGUCUAUAUACCCCAGAAGAACUGGACCCUAUAUUGGCCCCAUUGAGAGAUAUGGCUUCAGAGGCUGGAUUUAGGGGAACUAUGAUCAAUUUCUUUGCUUCCAGAAUAAAGUGUAAUCUUCACAUAGCUUUGAUUAUGGACUGUACCAAUACUAAGUUUACAGUAAACUGUGAGAGUAACCCUGCUUUGUAUAAGGAGUGUGCUGUACAGUGGAUGGAGGGAUGGAGCAGGGAUAGUAUGAUUAAGGUACCUUACAUGCUAUUGACAAAGCCACCAAAGAUAGAAGGAGCCUCCAUUGGAGAAAAGAAGACACGACAAAGAAAGUUAUCUGGAGGAGAGGAACUCCUCAAAUGUUUCCUACAUGUACAUGAACAUUGUGCACAGUUAGGUCUAGGUGCCACACCAAGGAGAUAUGUAGCUUUCCUCAAUACAUAUCAACAGGUUUAUAAUAACAAGAAAUCAGGAAUUGAAAGAAGACAACAUCAUUUACAGGCUGGUGUUAGUAAACUAAAUGAAGCCAAACAACUUGUGGAUGAACUGAAGAGAAAAGCAGCAGAACAGAGUCAACAACUGGCUGUCAAACAGUCAGAGGCUGAUAAUGCACUGAAGGAAAUCACUGUCAGCAUGCAGAAUGCUGGAGAUCAAAAGAAUGAAAUGACAGUAUUGAAACAACAAGCAGCAGAGGAAGACAAAGUUCUUCAGAAGAGGAAGAAAGUCAUUGAUGUUGAGUUAAAGGAGGUAGAACCUCUGGUCCAGGAGGCUAAAGCAGCUGUAGGCAACAUCAGACCGGAUGCUCUCACAGAAAUUAGGUCCCUCAGAGCCCCACCAGAUGUCAUUAGAGACAUAUUGGAAGGUGUACUCAGAUUGAUGGGAAUAUUUGAUACAUCAUGGGUCAGCAUGAAAAGUUUCUUAGGAAAGAGAGGAGUAAAGGAUGAAAUUCAGACAUUUGAUGCUAGAAACAUUAGUCCAGAAACAAGAAAAAGUGUGGAAGAAGUUUUAAGAAAAAGUAGCGCCUCGUUUGAAGCAAAGAAUGCCAAGAGAGCAUCAGUAGCAGCCGAGCCGUUAGCAAUCUGGGUGAAGGCUAAUGUCAAAUUCUCCUAUGUUCUUGAAAAGAUUGGACCACUGGAAGCUGAACAAAAUGAAUUGAAAAGGAAUUUGGCAAAGGCACAGGGUAGAAUGGACAAAUUGAAGACAGCUUUAGAUGAAGUAGAUGCUAAAGUUGCCUCCCUUAGAAAUAGAUUUGAGACAUUUACCAAAGAAGCUGCUGAGUUGAAAAUAAAAUUAGACAGAGAAAAUGAAACCAUCAUUGCUGCUGAGACACUGGUGACCAAGUUAGACGGAGAAUACCAGAGAUGGAAUCAGCAGGUUGGUGAGAUGGCAGCAGAAAUACAAGAACUUCCCAAGAAAGCUCUUCUAGGUGCUGGUUUCAUCACGUACCUAGCUCAGGCUCCAGAGGAUGUCAGGAGGAAUUGUCUAAAGAGCUGGAUGGAGGCUCUAACUGUAGAGGGCUUUGACAUGAGGAGGUUCCUUAGUACAGAGAGUGAACAGCUGAUUUGGAAGUCUGAGGGAUUACCUUCAGAUGACCUGUCCAUGGAAAAUGCUUUGGUCAUACUUCAGAUCAACUCUAUAGAAGCUGGGAGUGCAUUAAGACCAUUCCUUAUAGAUCCAUCUUCAAGAGCCACAGAAUGGCUGAAAACUCAUUUAAAAGAAAACAGACUAGAAGUUAUUAAUCAACAGGAUGCUAACUUUUCCACCUCAUUAGAACUUGCCGUGAGGUUUGGUAAAACACUCAUCAUACAGGAAGUUGAUGGAGUCGAGCCUGUGUUGUAUCCUUUGUUGAGAGGAGACUUACAUGCACAAGGUCCCAGGUUUGUUGUACAGAUAGGAGAGAAGACCAUAGAUUACAAUGAGGAGUUCAGACUGUUCCUAACCACCAGAAAUCCUCAGCCUGAGAUCCCUCCAGAUGCUGCCUCAGUCAUCACUGAGGUUAACUUUACAACAACCAGGGCUGGUCUUACUGGACAGCUAUUGGCCAAUACUAUUCAGCAUGAGAAGCCAGAGUUAGAAGUAAGGAAGACCGACCUACUUAGGACAGAGGAAGAUCUCAAAAUACAACUGGCCAAGAUGGAGGAAUCUUUAUUAGAGGAAUUAGCAAGUGCAAAAGGAAACAUUUUAGAAAAUAAAGAACUAUUGGAUUCCUUGAAUAAGACCAAAGCCAGUAGUAUAACUAUUGCUGAAUCUCUAUCUGAAUCUGUCAGGCUGCAAGCAUCUCUUGAUCAGGAACGUAACACUUACCUUCCCUUGGCAGAGAGUGGAAGUAAACUAUAUUUUGUCAUCAGUGAUUUGGCUAAGAUCAACAACAUGUACAGAUUUAGUCUUGCUGCAUUCCUCAGACUUUUCAACAGAGCUCUUACAGCUAAACAGGACGGAGCUGGCACAGAUCACAGGAUUAAAGCCUUGUCACAGAGACUUAAGAUGUUGGUGUAUGAAUAUGUAUGUAGAUCAUUGUUUAAAGCUGACAGACUUAUGUUUGCCAUGCACAUGGUUCAUGGAACAAGACCAGAGCUGUUUCAGGAAAAUGAGUGGGAACACUUUACUGGAAUGUUAGUGGCUGAUGUUAAGUCUGAUGGACAGAAAGGUGCACCAUCCUGGGUUGACCAGGAGAGAGGUCAAGCAGUGGCUAACUUCAGGUCAAACUUCUCCCAGUUGUAUUCCAUAUUCAAUUUGGACGAUUCCUCCAUGUGGUCUAACUUCUCUCGCAGCAGUGAAUGUGAAAAUGAAUUCCCAUCGGCAAUAGAAAAGAAGACAUCUUUGUUCCAGCAAUUACUGGUUGUUCAAGCCUUCAGACCAGACAGACUUCAAACAGCCAUGGGUCACUUUGCCUGCAAGGCCUUAGGUAUGCAGGAACUAUCGCCACCAUCUGUGAAUCUUAAGAAGUUGUUUGAAAGUGAAACAAUUCCGAGUGAGCCUAUACUGAUAGUGAUCUCCCCUGGUGCUGAUCCUUCACAAGAAUUACAGGACUUAGCAACCUCGACCAUAGGCAGUGAUAAAUACCAUCAGGUUGCUAUGGGUCAAGGUCAAGCAGAUAUUGCUAUGCAGUUAUUAAGAGAAUGUUCACAAAAUGGAGAAUGGCUUUGUUUGAAAAAUCUCCAUUUAGUUACAGCCUGGCUUCCACAACUAGAAAAGGAAAUUAACACAUUGAAACAACAUGAGGACUUUAGACUGUGGAUGACAGCUGAAGUACACCCUAAGUUUCCUACUAUUCUCCUACAGAGCAGCUUAAAAGUUACUUAUGAGGCCCCACCAGGACUGAAGAGAAAUCUGAUGAGGACGUAUGAAUCGUGGAGUCCAGAGUAUAUCAGUAAGACAGGAAAUGUUGUCAGAUCUCAGGCAUUGUUUGCAUUAGCUUGGUUCCACGCUGUUGUACAAGAAAGAAGAAUGUACAUUCCACAGGGCUGGACCAAGUUUUAUGAGUUUUCAUUAUCUGAUUUAAGAGCUGGUGCAGAUAUAAUUGAUAGACUAUGUAAAUCUGGUUCUGAGGUACAAUGGCAGUUUGUCCAUGGUUUGUAUGAGUUUGCCAUCUAUGGAGGAAGGGUAGAUAAUCCAUUUGAUUUACGAGUGAUGGUGUCUUACCUUAAACAAUUCUUUGAUGGCAGUGUGUUAUCCAGCCAAUCCAGAAACAAACGUCUUGGAGCACUCAAACUUCCAUCAUCUACUAACUAUAGGGAUUAUAUUGAUGCUAUAGAAGAACUACCAGAGUUUGAUAAGCCAUCUUACUUUGGUUUACCAGAGAAUAUAGAAAGAUCUGCCCAGCGUAUUGUCAGUUCACAAGUUAUAUCACAACUGAAAGUUCUACAGAGAGCAGAUGUUAAAGCCAGCAAGUUUGAUAAGGAAGUCUGGGCUAAUGAACUAGGACCUGUACUGAAUCUGUGGAAGAAACUUAAUUCUGGAGCCAACAUAAUCCAAGCCAGAGUUUCGCCACCAUCAGACAAGACAGGACAGGAACUGCCUGUUGUAUCAUUCAUAAAAUUAGAAUAUUAUAAUGCUAUAAAACUGGUACAGAGUAUUCACCAGUCCUUAGCAUCACUCAGUAAGAUCAUCAGGGGAACCAUGUUAUUGACUUCAGAGGCACAGAAGCUAGCUGCUGCUCUACUUCAUCAAGAGACUCCUCUAGCAUGGUUGAGUAAUUGGGAUGGACCAGAAGACCCUAUACAGUACCUACGUGGACUAGUAUCCAGGGCUAUAGCCAUACAGACCUGGGUAGACAAGGCUACACAUAAUACCAUACUAAGAGAUACCUUGGAUCUAUCAGAAUUGUUCCAUCCUGAUACAUUUAUAAAUGCACUGAGACAACAAACUGCAAGAGAGUUAGGUGUAUCUAUGGACAGCCUGAAGUUUGGUGCCAGCUGGAAGGGGUCUAUUCAGGGAGCUAAAAUCCAGGUUAGAAUUGGAGGACUUCUGAUGGAAGGCUGUAGCUUUGAUGGUUCCAGACUGUCAGAGAAUCAGAGAGAUUCCCCCAGUGUAUCAGGAAUACCACCUUGUGUUAUUGGGUGGAUACCUAAGGAUUCCCCAGAUGCAUACAGUUUGGAUGACACCAUCUCUAUACCUAUCUACACCAGUAACGAGCGUGAUCGUAUCGUGGCGAAAAUGGAAGUACCAUGUGGUGGAAAUAAAAAUGUCUGGCUGCAGUGUGGUGCUGCUCUCUUCCUUAAAACUCAGUAACUCAACUGUUUUUAUUUUGAGACAUACAAUAUACAAUUAUGUUGCAUAUCCUGUUUAGUUAGAGUGAUAUUGUGCUGUUAUGUAUUCAUUUAUUUAUUAUUUGUUUGCUGUUAGAAUUGUAAUUCACCAAUCACUUUUACUUUUAUUUUUCCUAGAUUGCUUAAUUUAAAAAAUGAGUCAAAAAUAUAUUAAAUUGGUUUAUAUCAACUAUGGAAAUCAUUUCAAUAACGAAAGA